AUAACCAUAAGGAUAUGGAAGAGGAUUUAAGUAACCGUCUAAAAUCCAAAAAAAUAAGUUGAGAGGAGGAUAGGCAGCAGGAAAGCAUUUAAGAGCGUGACGUAGUAAUAAACGCCACUCCGCCCAACAGCCGCUACUCCACGUAGCACCCCCAUGACCCCACCCCCCUUGACUAGUUUACUAGGGCGGCGCCUCCUUAACCGCAAACUCCCCCUCUUUACUCCCCCUCCUCCUAUAUAAACACCCCUCCUCGCUACAGUACUAAUCAUCUCAACUCUUAUCAGUCCUUUUAGUAUUUGUCAUUAUGGUAGGACCAGUUGUUCAGGAGCAAGUGGGGCCCAAGGCGGAGCAGGUGGGGCCCGACGUGGAGGAGGUGCAUUACCGUGGCGUGAGGAAGCGGCCGUGGGGGCGCUACGCGGCGGAGAUUCGUGAUCCGUACAAGAAGUGCCGCGUGUGGCUGGGGAGCUUUCAUACUGCUGAGGAUGCGGCGCGUGCGUAUGAUGCUGCGGCUAUCAGGUUUCGGGGAGCCAGGGCGAAGACCAACUUUGCGCCGGUUCGUCAGAGCCCUGCGAGGAGCUCGGUGGAGAAUUCGGCGAGCGGGGGGAGUGUGGGUGUCCACGCGCUUCCCCGGGUUGGUGUCACGCGCCGCCUGGCUGCUGGGUUUCCGGUGACGACUCCGUGUCAUCCUGUGGUGGACCCGAGGGUGUUCUGUCAGUUCGUUUACCCUCCGGGGAUGAUGUGCAAUGUGGUGCAUCCUAUCCCGAACGCCUGGCGUGCGGGAGGGGUGCAUGGCGGCGCGUUGAGUGACUCGGGCUCGUCGUCUGUGGUGGAUGGUCUUCACAGGAGCAGUGGUUCCACCAGCAAGGAACUGAACCUUGAGCUCACUCUGGCUCCUCCUUCAGGAUAUUAGCUUAGCUAGAUUAGAGUGUUGAGUAACUGUUUAAUUAGUAGUUAAGAUGAAUUUGUGAAUAGUUGAACUCCUUUUAAUUAUGUUGUUUCAGUUAAAAUUAAACACAGGGCAUAACAUCAUCAUGCUGGGUUUUAUUAGUUGUAAACAGCAUAGCUUCAUGCUAAUGCUAUUAUCUGGUUUUUUCAGUUAUGAACACAGGCAAGGCAUGACUUCGUCGUGCUAAUUGCUGGGUUUUUUAGGUGAAAA